UCCCCGUUAUCUAUUUAGUUCUUGCCUAGAUUGAAGGACACCAUGAAGUGCACAUUUGUUAUAUGUUUUUGUCUGAUUCUGGAAUAUGUACAAUGUUCUAAUCCCAAUAUACUUUGUAUUAUGGAUCAUUGUGGAAUGCAAUCCGCAAAAUGUCUGGCAGAUGAAGGAUGUAGGUCCGCAAUGGUCUGUAUAACAGGAUGUGGCACCAACAACCAAACUUGUUUGUUUGACUGCAUUUAUUCAUACGAGGAUGAUGUCUUUGACGAAUUCAUGAAAUGUGCUUCCACCGACCAUCAGUGUAUUUCAAACGACCCUCCCAAUCCCCCAGUGGUUUGCCACCCUCCUCAGCAAGUGGUGUCGAAUUUUACCAUAGACUUAUUUAAGGGCUCGUGGUAUAUUGUAAAGGGACUUAAUCCUAUCUAUGACUGUUUUGACUGCCAAAUCACAACCUAUCAACCAAGCUCUAUGGACAAGACAGUUUACAAUGUUUUCGAAAAAUUUGACGUUAAAACAGUACAAGGUGGAAUCAGACAUCGAUCGGUAAACGAAACGGUAGUCCAAGCUUUCGGUGGUAUUUUUAACUAUACCAGUACGCAAUUAGGACAAAGUACGCAUUCAGAAUGGCGAGUCGUGCACGUUGGCAAUGGGAACGCCUUUCUCUUGGUUUACUAUUGCGGGUCUAUAACAGCUGAUUAUUUCUAUGAAGGAUCCGUGGUUUAUUCACGAACGCCGACUCUGACCACAGACCAACUCGUGGAAUUGGUAGACGCAUUUAAACAACAUGGAUUUGAUUAUUCCAAGUACUGUACACCAAAGACACAGAACUGUGGGAGUUAAACUUUUAAGAAGGGAGUGUGCUUUAAUUUUCGCACUUCUAGAUAUGAUUAUAAUUUCGUUAACUUCCAAUAAAGGUUAUAACAUACA